CAUCGAGAGGCGUUUUGUACCUUUGUACCUAGCAACAAUUGAUAAUUGGCGUAGCGAUAUUUUGGCGAGGUAUGUCUCCCGUGGUGGCCCAGCCGAGAAACACCUCUCCAAUUAACAAAGGUUGCUAUUACAAAGGACCACGGCCAGGGGACGGUAAGCUGACGGGCUGAAGUGGAGAUGCCCAGGUUACGAAGCAUGGAGACUAGCCUCCUUGAUGCCCCAUUACCGUUGUUUCCACACCGAAGCGGCCAGAUUUACCGCCGACUGGGCGGCGGGCUUGUACUCUUUUUCCCCCUUUUUAUUCUCGUCGAUUUCCCCUCCCUUCGUGUCUCAAUUCCACGAGGGAGCAAAAAGCCUCUUUUGGUCGUUUGGCGCUAUUCAUUAUUUACAAUCCGCGUCCUUACAACUACAACUAGACCUAGGCUGGGAUACAAAUUGCCUUGUUAGUACACGCACGAUUGAAGGUAGCAAUAUACCUAGGGAGGUACCUAUUAGGAGGUACUCCUACACACAAGCCUGGUUUAAGCUGAAUUAGACCAGGAAAAAAAAGUAUAGAAAAAAAGAAAGAAAAAAGAAUGGCUAGCCAGGUACCAACACCUGCAACAGCGGGGUCUGCUCCCGCAUCAGCCACCACGUCAAACCAGACUGAUGAGCCAAAAAGGCGGCGUCCAAGAGCGCAGGGCGCGUUAAAGUCUCGAUCAGGAUGCCGUACUUGCAAGAAAAGGCAUCGCAAAUGUGACGAGUCCCGGCCCGGAUGUCACCAAUGCUCCGUGGCUGGGUGGAAAUGCGACUACCUGGAUGAUGUUAGCGCCCCGGCACAGACUCCGAGCCAGUCAGCGAGUGACGGGCGUAUUGUCGCAGCGGCGGCCCAUUUUAAUCACCACUCUCCAACCGGCAAGCCGCCGCUCGGGCCUGGUUCCUUGAGCAGCCUUGUCCGGCCACCGCCCAGCUUCUUGUCCCAGCUCAGCAGCGCCGAGAGCUCGGGACUUGCGCACUUCAAGUUCAACAUGCAGAUGGUGCACCUGGCCAACAACGUGCCCACGUUCGAAAAGACGCUGAUCCGCAGCAUAUACACGGAGCCCGCCAUCCGACACGUCGGCAUCGCGUCCUCGGUGGCCUUUAAUCACGACCACUGGAGCGGAACGUCGCCCAUGACCCCCGAUGUUCUCAAGAAGAUCCUCCUGGGCUGCAACAUGGCGAUCCGGGAGCUGGGAAGACCCGGAGACGGCUCGCCGUCUGCGUCCUCGCGGCUCCCGGAGCUUUCGCUACUCGUCGGCACGGUCCUCGCCGCCUGUUCGUGGCACAUGGGCGACUGCGACCAGCUGACCGGCCACCUGCGCGGGAUGCUCCGGAUCUUGCUGGAGAAGCGCGGCGCGAUGCUGGUGGCGUCGGAGGACGUCGAGGUCGCCAAAGAAAUCCCCGCCUACGAGAUGAGCCGGCAGGCGACGCUGGGGGCGGCGUACAUCACGUGGGUCCGGGUGCUGGAUAAGUUUCUGGCGUGGAAGCCCGAGGGGCCGGCGGAUGAGUUGGACGAGGUUAUGAUCCAGCUGAAUUCGCUGCUCGACCGAUCCAGGGAGCUCGACAUGACCGAGGCUGGCUACAAGAUCGUCUCGACGCACACUCAUCGGUCUACUUAUACCUGGGACGUUGAUCGGCGCCGUUAAAGGCGAGGGAAUAGUAUUAUUGGAGUUGACUUACCUGUGAGCCAGCAGGAGUUUCUAAUUAGGACCUGCUUCUUUUUCCCGCCCUUUUUGCAGGCAGGUCGUUGUCGGCGCACCCUGCCGGCAUAUACUACAUCAGCACUGCCUCAGGAUAUCCCGGCAUUUAUAAAGAAAGCCUGUCGGACGACGAAAUGAGGACAAAGUUGGUAUUAUUCGCUGUGAAGACCCCGUAUAGUUGCGUCGAAGUGUAAACUUUGAGAGAUCAAGGUUUUAAUGUGCAAGGUCAAGCUAAAAAUCUCCGGGAUGCAUUUUGAGUUUCUACUGUAUUGCUCACUUACUACCCCCGGUAUACCAUACUGGUCUACGUAGUAAUCGUUAGUUAUAGUUUAUGCUGGACUGCUUUCUGCAUAACUAUAAUUACCUACCUUACCAGGUAGGUACCUAGGUCGGUACCCAAGUGGGUAGGGGUAUCUGACUAGAUACCCAGUAAGCUAGAUACGUAGGUAGUGAAGUAAAUAAUCAGGAAAGCAUCGUCUCUGACCCUGUCUGCGAUUUAUAAACAGG